UUUUGUCACACGAGGGCGCACUACACCUUUCCUGCAAAUGCAAAAUGGCCGACGUACCGGAAAAUGCACCUGAACAUUGCCCAGGAACACAGAGCGAGUCAGCCGGCAAGGUCUCAGCAUGCCAAGGCUGCCCUAAUCAGAAUAUAUGCGCCAGUGGGUUGCCCCAAGCACCAGAUCCUGCUGUUGAGGAGAUAAAAGAGCGUAUGUCUUCUGUCAAACACAAGAUCCUUGUACUGUCAGGCAAAGGCGGAGUGGGUAAAAGCACCUUCACAGCCCAUCUCGCCAGGGGUCUAGCCAGAGAUGAAAAUACACAGGUAGCAGUGUUGGACAUUGACAUCUGUGGUCCAUCCAUUCCUAGAGUCAUGGGCUUGGAGGGGGAGCAGGUUCAUCAGAGCGGGUCCGGAUGGUCACCUGUGUAUGUGGAAGACAACCUGAGUGUGAUGUCGGUUGGUUUCCUGUUGAGUAGCCCGGACGAUGCAGUCAUUUGGAGAGGUCCCAAGAAAAACGGUCUCAUCAAGCAGUUCUUACGAGAUGUAGACUGGGGUGACACGGACUACCUCAUAGUGGACACGCCCCCAGGGACCUCAGACGAACACCUGUCCAUUGUGCAGUACCUCAGCUGUACCAAUGUGGACGGUGCUGUGCUGGUAACGACACCGCAGGAAAUUUCUCUGAUGGAUGUUCGCAAAGAAAUCAACUUCUGCCAGAAGGUCAACCUGCCCAUCCUGGGUGUUGUUGAAAACAUGAGUGGCUUUGUCUGCCCCAAGUGCAAGAAUGAGUCACAGAUCUUCCCUCCAACAACUGGUGGAGCCGAGAAAAUGGCCGACGAUCUCAAGAUACCAUUCCUAGGAAAGCUGCCCCUGGAUCCAAGAAUAGGUAAAUGCUGUGAUGAGGGAACAUCCUUCUUUGAGGAGGUACCAGACUCCCCUGCGACACAAUCUUACCUGUCAAUCAUUAGCAAACUGAGAAAAUACUGUCAAAAGGACGGCCAGACCGAAAGUUCCAUGGAUUGCUCAUAGCUUGGUGAAAACACAAGAACUUCAGUGUAUUGCAA